AACUUUUUGAGGAAACUCCCUACAGUUUUCCGGAAUGGCUGUACCAGUUUGCAUUCCCACUAAUAGUGCAAGAGGGUUCCCCUUUCUCCUCAGGUUCCUUUUGGGUGUGGCAGUCUUCUUUAUCAUUUUUUAAUGUAACAAAAAUUAUGAGUAGCUAAAAACCAGAACACUAAGGCAUUAGUUGAUUAUAUUGCUAUUCUGGCAUAAGAUUUGGUGCUAAUGUUCUGAGAAAUAGUAAUAUAAUGAGUGAUGUUCACAAGGAAAGUAGAGAAAAGAGCCUAUUUAAUAGGAGCAGAGAUGGGUGUGAGACACCACACAUAUCAUAAAUGAAGUCAUACUAACCACACCCUGACUAUUGUUGAAGCUAGGCCAAUGAUGGUUCAUUACAGAACUUUUAUUUUGUAUGCACUUUAUAUUUUUAUAAUUAGAAGGUCAUGUGUGUACACAUAUAUGUCUAUAUACUUGUAUGCACUUAUGUGUGUGCAUAUACUUAUAUGUAUAUAUAUGUAAGAUAUCCUUCUAUAGUUCCAACCUUCAUGAUGCAGCAUACUUGAUUCCAUUCAAAUUUGUAGCACCAUGUGCACAAGAUGUUUAUGAAGUUAACUUAGUUUUCUUUUUGUUCCCCCACACAGCACUUACAACCAUAUUUUAGAACAAUUUCUCACUUUUAAUUCAGAAAGAGAUUAUCUAAUCUCACCAUUUGUUCCUCAAAACCCUAGGAAACUUCUUAUCACUGAAUUGAUCAUUUAAGUCAUAAAAUCAUGUUAACACCUCACUUUUAUUUCACCACUCAGUGGAAUUUUCUGUGCUGUGAUAAAGUGGAAGUAGUGUGGUUUGUGCUAUGCUUCUUCACAAGAUGAGACUACAAUACCAUUUGUCAUAUCUUUCUCAGGAAUCAGAAUUGACCGUACAUCUCUAGUUUUAGUUCUCAAGUGAUAACUCAGGACAUGGCUUAAUUUUUCAGUUGUGUAGGAGAUUUUAUCCACAAGAAUCAAGAGCUUCCUUCUUUUAUCAGGAAGAUAUGUCAUCUUCAAAAUGAAGAUUUUGGAUUCAUCUCUGGAGUAAAUAAACAGCCAUAAUCAAGCAAUGAAGUUGAUCCAAGAUCAGUGGGCUCGUCACAACAUGGCAUCUGCAUUUUUCGUGGCCCGUGCCAUUGCUAUAGCUAUGGGGAUCCAUUUCAUUAUAAUGGCAAUGAUAUGCGGUGCCAUAAUCCUACAUUCAUUAUUCAACCAAGAAGCUCCAAUUUCUUUGCAAGAAAGUUAUUGUGGCCCAUGCCCUAAAAACUGGGUAUGUUAUAGAAAUAACUGCUACCAAUUUUUUAACGAGAGCAAAAGCUGGUACCAGAGCCAAGCUUCUUGUAUUUCUCAAAAUUCUAGUCUCCUGAAGAUAUACAGCAGAGAGGAUCAGGAUUUCUUUAAAUUGGUGAAGUCAUAUCAUUGGCUGGGACUAAUACAAAUUCCAGAAAAUGGAUCUUGGCAGUGGGAAGAUGGCACCAUUCUCUUGCCCAACCAAUUAACAAUGGUUGAAAUGCAGAAUGGAACCUGUGCAGUUUAUGGAUCAAGUUUUAAAGGUUACACUGAAAACUGUUUAUCUCCAAACACAUACAUCUGCAUGCAGAGGAUUGUGUAAAAGCUUAUGAUUUAUAAAAAAUAUAAAGAAUUCAAAAACACAGAAGCCAUUCUUGGGGCGCAAGUGUGGCUCAGUCAGUUAAGCAUCUGCCUUCAGUUCAGGUCAUGAUUGCAGGGUCCUGGGAUGACCCUCAAGUCAGGCUCCCUGCAGGAAGCAAGCUUCUCCCUCUGCCCCUCCCCCUGCUUGUGCUCUCUCUCUCUCGCUCUAUGUCAAAUAAAUAACAAUUUAAAAAAAGCCAUUCUUUGAAUGUUCUCCAAGAAGAAAACUUCCAGAAGAAAAUUCCACCAAUAGUUACUGAAUUAUUUUUCUGUCAACGAUCCGACACAAAAAAUAACUUUGUAGGGGAAUAAAGGUCAAUAAUUUAAGAAUUUAUCUUCUAUAAGAAUGUUUUGUUUAUGGGACACCUCGGUGGCACAGCGGUUAAGCGUCUGCCUUCAGCUCAGGGCGUGAUCCCGGCGUUAUGGGAUCGAGCCCCACAUCAGGCUCCUCUGCUAUGAGCCUGCUUCUUCCUCUCCCAUUCCCCCUGCUUG